AUGAAAACCUUUACUACAAAUCCAUUGCUCUCAAUUAUGCACAUUUUCAUGCUUAGCUUGUUAAGUUUUAUGGCUACAAUUGAAGCUUCCAAGAGUAAAGUCUCUGCCAUUUAUGUGUUUGGAGAUUCCACAGUAGACCCAGGAAACAACAACUUUAUAAACACACCUUUCAAGAGUGAUUUUCCACCUUAUGGUAGAGAUUUUCCUAAGCAAAGUCCCACAGGAAGGUUCACUAAUGGAAAACUUGGCACUGAUUUUAUUGCUUCUUAUUUAGGUUUGAAAGAGUUGGUGCCACCAUAUUUGGAUCCAAAUCUGAGUCAUGAAGAUCUUAUGACAGGAGUUAGUUUUGCUUCUGCUGGGUCUGGUUUUGACCCACUCACACCAACUCUCACUAAUGUUGUCCCAAUAUCAAAGCAACUAGAAUAUUUCAAACAAUACAAAAAUCGGUUGGAGAGUAAGCUUGGUAAGCAAGAAACUGAAAAUCACAUGAACACCGCUAUAUUUAUCAUAAGCGCGGGCACAAAUGAUUUCGUUGUUAAUUAUUUUAUGAUGCCAAUAAGAAGAAGAAGCUUUAGCGUCGCAGCUUAUGGUAAUUUCUUGCUUCAUCAUGUCAAAGAUUUCAUGCAGAAUUUGUUGACAGAAGGUGCUAGAAAAAUUGGUUUUGUUGGAUUACCUCCAUUGGGAUGUUUGCCAAUCAUGAUCACAUUAAAUUCCAACAAUGCAUUUCUUGAACGGAAUUGUGUGGACAAAUAUUCAUCUGUGGCAAGAGAUUAUAACAUGGUGCUUCAACAUGAAUUGUUCUUAAUGCAACUUAAUUCUACUAAGAUCUCUUACAUUGACAUAUAUAAACCCUUAGCUAACAUGAUUCAAGAACAUGAAAAUCUUGGUUUUGAUGAGGUUGAUAGAGGCUGUUGUGGAAGUGGUUUCAUUGAGGCAACAUUUAUGUGUAAUCAUAAUUCACAUGUAUGUUUUGAUCCAUCAAAAUAUGUGUUUUGGGAUUCAAUACACCCUACAGAGAAGGUAUACCAUGAUCUAUUUGCUGCAAACCGUCACAUCCUUGAUGGGCUUAUCAACGGAUAG